AGUUUAAUUGAUUUAAAUUGAUUUAAAUCAAAUUAAAUAUUUGUAUUUCCACAGAUCCACAAGUUAGAUAUUACAAGCUUGGAAUUAUAUGAUAACCAAUCAGCAUCCUGUUGUCUGGGGAAGUUUGUCAGUCUCCUGCCUCAUCUUACAGACCUGAUGAUUGACAUAUGUUCCUUUCAUGAUGAUUUCUACAAAGAGAUUGCUGAUCGAGCUUCUUCAUCUCGGAUUCAGAAGUUUAUCAUUAGUUCCUUGGACCUACAUGUCGACCAAUCAGCAUCCUGUUGUCUGGGGAAGUUUCUUGGUCUCCUACCUCAUAUGACACACCUGGAGAUUUGCUCAUGUUCCUUUCAUGGUGAUUUCUACAAAGAGAUUGCUGACCAAGCUUCUUCAUCUCAGAUCCAAACAGUCAACCUGGAUUUCAGUGGGAAUCAUUACUUGCCAGAGCAAAGUCAGUCAGCAUUCAAGCAGCUAGCCAAGUUUCUCUACUCUCUACCCUGCCUUACAACAUUAGAGAUCAAAGACAAUGUAUGUUUACCUGAUGAUUUCUUCACUGAACUAGCUUCCUUGGCUGCAUCCUCCCAGGUAAUAAGAAAAGUCAGUGCUCAGGCAGUAGAAACAUGCAUGGAUGUAGAAGCACCUUUGCUGCUCUUCACCAAUUUCCACACAGUAGUAAAACUUGCAAAGUAA